UGCAGUUUUUCUGUGUAAGGGACCCUGUUUCAUGAGGGCUAAGCGUGUUUAAGAGGGAAUUUUCACCAUGUUUUCUUGGGUCGUCCUCAUUCGGACUUGCUAUGCGUAUAAAAGGUGUUUUUUGGGAAAUUAAAAUAUCAUUGAAAUGCCGGUGUGGGAUUUUAGUCGAAUUCUGCCCUCGUUUCCGUGAUUCCUGCAGCGGUGGCGAGGGCGGCCCGUUCGUCGGUGUCGCUCGCGGACGCUAGCGGGGAGCGGUUAACAGGGUUGGUAGCGCUUAAUGCUUCGAUUUCCUCAUUUCCCGUCGUUUCGGCGCGAGAGCGGCUGGCGCCCAUUAGCUGCGUUCGUUUCUGCAUCUGACUCUGGGUGUGGUUGGUGCGGUGCGAAGCUGAGCGGGUCCCCCCGUUUGAGUCCGCGCCUCUCGGGUCAGGUUGUUUUUCAAACGGGGCCGCCGUCCGUGUCGAAGACGAACCCUGGCAAGGCCGGGAGGGAAGGCGGAACACGAGACCCUCCGGCAGCGGUCGCGCUUCGGCGUGGAACGGAUCCUAUGAGCGAUGCCCCUUUCCAGCGCCAGAACAUCUUGCGUUUGCCGAUGAUCUCGUACCGAGGGCUGUUUGCGAGCUGGGUGCCGAUCUCCGUCACACCAACCGUAACGACCGUGACUUUUCAGACUCCUGACCAUGUCGGUUGUGGCCGUGCGACCGCUACACCCCUGCUCUCCCAAGUCGAUGGACUGGAGAAAGCCUCCCUGGCGAACUCUGACGUGGUGGUGGCGGACACCCAGAACCCCCCUCUGAAGCAGAAGGGCAAGCUCUCCUCGCUCGGCAAGAUCUUCAAGCCCUGGAAAUGGCGCAAGAAAAAGACGAGCGACAAGUUCCAGGAUCUCUCCAAAGUGCUGGAGAGGAAAAUCUCCACCCGGCAGACCCGGGAGGAGCUGAUACGCCGGGGCGUUCUCAUCCCGGACCAAGAUGCUGACGUGCAGGUGAGCAGCGAAACGUCCAACGGACACACGGCGCCUGUGAGCGUGGAGGUCGCGGCCACCGAGGAGGUUCGCGUCGAGGUCUCAGCCCCCGAGGACCCUGAGGGCGAGAAGGCAGCCCUGUCCGCGGAGCCAGAUGACAAAACAGAGAAGAAAGAGGGGAAGCCCAACCCAAAGGGGACCCGGGCCCGGACACGGGAAGGGGUCGCUAAAAAGGCCCAGGGGACAGCAGCCGCCAAAGUGUCUGGCGGGGUGGCGGGUGCGGCAGCGAAGAAGGAGGGGUCUGGUGGAGGCAAAAAGCCCCCCAAAAGCGGGGGCAAGCAGCCCUCUGCCCCUCCCUCUAAGGCUAACCCUCGAAACAAUAACCGUGGCAACGCCAAAUCCACCCACCCGAAAAAGGCUGGGGGGACCUCCAAGAAUAGCGCUCAGCCGACGCCCUCGUCUUCAGCAGAACCUCAGAAGAACACAAAGGAAGGCAGGUCGAACGCAGGCGGCCCGGACAGGAAACCCGCAAAGCGGACCGAGGGCACCAAGACCACCGGCCAGCCCAAGACCUCGCCCUCGGCGGAUGCUCGCAGCUCCGGUGGGAGGGAGCCUGGCCCUCCCCAGGAGGCCCGUCUGGGGGAGGAGCCAGCGGUGGAUGGCCCCUCCCAACCGGGGGAGGAGUCCAAAGAGGCCAGCGAAGCACCGCCCACCGGCGAAGGGGGCGGCGACACCGAAGAGGACGCCUCUUUGACGGACUCGCCGAGCGAAACGUUCUCAGACUGUCCCGAGGAGCCCCUGGGUCCCGCCGAUGACGGCGACGGCGCCGGCGUGCGCGUCGAAGCGGACGGCCCCCCGGAGAGGUCGCCGCAGCCCACGGUGGGGGAGGCCAGACCCCAGGCGCGCAUUGCGGAAAACCCUCCGGUGUCCAUCAUCCCCAACAGCAACAGGGAGAGUCAGGCCAGCGACUCGGACUCGGACGGGCCCAUCCUCUACCGGAGCGAGGAGGAGGAGGAGGAGGAGGAGGAAGACGAGGAUGACGAGGGUGCCUCAAGUUCUCUGGCCAGCAAGAUCCGGCGCCGGGACACUCUGGCCAUCAAGCUUGGCAACCGUCCCAGCAAGAAGGAGCUGGAGGAGAAGAACAUUCUGCCUCGCACGUCGGCCACAGAGAGGCAGGAACUGCGGCAGCAGAUCGGCUGCAAACUGGUCAGGCGGCUGAGUCAGAGGCCCACCACCGAGGAGCUCGAGCAGAGGAACAUCCUGAAACAGAAAAAUGAAGAAGAAGAACAUGAGGCCAAACAAGAAAUAAAGCGGCGACUUACACGAAAGCUGAGCGUGAGGCCCACGGUGGCGGAACUCGUCGCCCGGAGGAUCCUGCGCUUCAACGAGUACGUGGAAGUGACCGACGCCAAGGACUACGACCGCAGGGCGGACAAGCCGUGGACCAGGCUCACGCCGGCCGACAAAGCUGCUAUCCGCAAGGAGCUGAACGAGUUUAAAAGCAAGGAGAUGGAGGUGCACGAAGAGAGCAAGCAGUUCACGCGGUUCCAUCGACCGUAGCGCGCGUGCGGAGCUGGGCGGACCACCCGCAGCUGGGAGAGGCCGGAGGGUCCGCGGCGCCACAGCCGAACCUGGCACCGACGCGGACGCCACUUUCCCCCGGCUGGAGGGGGCCGCCCGUCUCCUAGCAACUGGAAUCGCUGCCUCGAGUCCGGUCGCGUGCGCUCGGACGAGACCGCCGUCCAGCCCCUGCAGCACACACGCACUGGAUGCGAGGAGGAGGAGGAGGAGGGAGGAGGAGGACUCGCGCACGUCGGACACGGGGACGAGACGGACCAAUUCCCUCUUCGCAGUUAUUCCGUCUGUCGUCCCUUUCGAGAUCCACACAAUGAUCAGCUGUGUCUUAACACUAGGGUCUAGCAGGGACAGUCAGUUAUGUGUUUACACACACACACACACACACACACACACACAGAGAGAGAGACGGGCACAUCAGCACUGCUACUCAGCUGCCUGUCAUUCCAGUGCUGUCCCUCCGGUUCGGGGGGAGGCGUCAUGCGGUCAUGAACGAGGCGCUCAAUCAGCGACAGGCACUAAAUGAUCUGACCUUUCUCAUUCAGUGUUAUAAGAGGAGGCCUUUUGCCCCUUUCCUUACCGUGGUAAUGUACUCUCCAGUGACCUGAAUUUGCCAAAUGAUGGUGUUUUUCACUGCAGAGCCUCUCAAACAUAUGAAGUAUUUACUGAGCGGGACAUCGGUGGGAUCUGUGCCCGCGCCGGUGAUCCAGUACGUCUCCGCAUCUGGACGCCGAUUUCUCGGCCGUCUCACAAGGAGACGUUUCCGCUGUUGGGUUUUGACCCCGGAGCUCCGUCACACGGUGACUUACUAAGAUCGAGAGAGAAGUAAAACAGUUGGACCGUGAGCUCCUGCAGAUCAGGGAGGGCGAAAUGUUGGGGGGGGGGGGGGGGGGGGCUUUUGAAGCGCUCGCGUUCCACCUCAAGGAGGAUGCGGUCACGUGCGGCCUUUCCACGUGUGUGCGUGCGUGUCGACCGCAGCUGCGCGUUACGCCUUUCCUUCAGGCCUCAGUAUUGCUGUCAAUCAAACUUCUGCGUUUAAAAAGUGUUAUUUUUAAUCUUGGUAGAAAUUACUGCGUAAGUUAUUAUUCUAGAGGAAUAUGAAGUCUUGUACAGAUUGUAUAUAAACGUAAACAUUCACACACAUAUAAAAGUUUCCACGUACGGUAUAUACAUGAAGGAUUUUUACAUUCUGUUUUUUUUUUUCUUUUUUUUUUAAAGCAAUAUGAUUCAUGCAGCUUUCGCCACUUGGAAACUCAUUGUGCGCAAACUCAUUUACGUAAAGCAGCCUUUUCUUCCCUGUUCAUGUUUAUGUACUGAUGGUGCUUUGUGUGUGAAGUCGAGGGUCCAGGUUCCGUAAACACACUUCACACAUUCGGAAUUAGGCUGCGCUUUCUGACAGCUGUUUUCUUCACUACAACUUCAGCUUUAUUCUUGCAAAAGCCCUGUGUUAUGGGAUGGGGAUGGGGGUAGGGGGGGGGUGAAGGUAACCUAACAUCCAAACAGUGUGAUUUUGAACUGAAAAGUGCUGCAAUCUCAAACUUUGAUUGGACCCGCCGUUGUGAACCGAGGGGCACAAAAUGUAUCCCCGCGCUGCCAAAUCUGGUUUCUUUUACUCGUUCUUUAAAACACGCGUUUUAAAUAAACCCCGAGCGUGAAAUGAAGAUGACGGUAUCCAGUGGAUCUAAUGCAGUAUUGAGUCUAUAAGGGGGGGGGAACGAUGGCAGUGUGGAUUAUUUGUUAUGAUCACACAUAUGGGGAGUGUACAGCUGUGAAAUCAGACACGCUUGUUAUUAUGAAACAUGUAAAAAUUGUAUGUUUUUAUCGAUAUACAGUGUAUUUAUAAAUGCCAGUGAAUGUAUAUUUGUGUGUGUGUGAGCGUGUGUGUCUUUGUGUGCCCGCGCGCACUUUAGUGCUGGUAUGUACCUGCAGCUUGUGCCCUGCUGGUCUGCACGGGUUCGAGAAGUGCAUUCACAUUGCCAAAGGAGGACCCCAGCAUCCGGCGCAGCCGUGAAGCGGAGGAGGGCGCCGAUCGUGACGCCGGCGGGGCGGCCUUGGCGCCGCGCAGGUUUUCGUCUCGGCCCUUUGGCCUGGAUCUCGGCGGCUGGCGGAUGAGGAGCUCCUGUGGCGUGGGAGGUCAUCGAGGUCAAAUGUACUGUGUAUAAAAUGCACGAAUGUAAACCAUUAAAACGCCCUCAUGCUGUUUUAAAUACA